UAUACAUGCGUUAUGGAGCACACUCCUGCGCCUUACGGUCCCAGGGCUGUCUAUGGAUAUGCCAUGUACAUCGGAUCGAAUAUGUUAUUCCUGUUGUACAUGAUAUGGGCGAUAAUACCGGACAAGGUGCUGCAUGAUUAUUUAGGCCUGACUUAUUGGCCCUCCAAGUAUUGGGCAAUUGCGAUUCCUAUAUGGGCAUUGACCGCUCUAACCACAUUUGCAUUUUUAAUUUAUCCUGCUAUCAAUAUGUUGAUAACUCCGGACAUCGAUGACAUCCGAACUAUUACGGACAAGUAUGCCCUACAAAAUGUCGAAACUACUCCAGGAGGAAUACCAACUGUAUCCGACAUACCGAUCACAGAAGUCUGUAGGAGAUUAUAUUUGAGAAAAAAAUAAUCUAUAAAAAUCUUUAUCAGUAAUUAUAAUUUAUUUUUUUUACAUUGAGGUGGAUGUACAGUUAGAAAUAAUAAUUAAGAAACGCGUGUUAUGCGAAUCUAACAAAUGAAUGACAAAUCUCUAAGCAUAGU